AUGUUGGACGAGCUGGACAACGUCUUCGACGAGCAUCCGUCGCUGGAUGCCUCGCUCGAGGACUUUGAGAACAACAGCAAUGCGCACCGCUCCCCGCUCUUCGGCAUCCCAUCCCAGCACUCUGGAUUUCGGUCAGAGGAGUCGGACGGUGAAGUUGAUGACCCCACUGUGGCUGAUCGCUGGUCGCCGCCUGGCUUGCGCCAGCAUGACUAUGUCCAGGGCAGUGGCUGGUACCGCCAUCAGCCCUACGGGCGGAAGGCGCGCCUCAAUGCAGACCGUUUUGAAUUGAAGCCUACCGUCGGGGUGAACAUGUCGCCGUCGCAGUCGCGCGAGCCAAGCCCACAGUAUGAGGAUGCGCUCGAAGGCUUGACGACGCAUAAGAUAUGUGAAGACGGCGAUGUCGAUGUGACCAUCGCGGCCAAUGUACCUCUACCUGGCAGCGCUGGUACCCCACAGACAGGAAGAUCCCCCAGCCCAGUUCCACCGCAGGGCCCCAGCGCAGCGCGCAACCGCCCCGAGGAUGACGGAUCGGGCUUUGGUGCAGAGAAUCUGAGUAAUUACAUCCGUUUUGCGGUACGCGCAGAAGUCCAGCAUCGCGAACCCAUUGCCGCCCUCUUUGGCUACCUUCGCGGCAAGUUGGACAGGAUUACUAGCUCCAAGUCCAACACCACCCUGUCGGUCCUCAUCCUCCUUCUUUCCGUCGCAUUUAUGCGCGCAUUGUUCCUCCCGGGCCUACCGCAGGCUAUUCCCGAUUUGGUCAAGCUGUCAGGUUUUGCGCGUUCAUUUGAGCCUCUGAUUUACUACUCUGAGAAUGGAGUUCAGCAGAUUGGGACGUUGCAGGAGACAGGUGUUGCAGUCUGGGACCUCAGCGAGUCAGUACGCGGCACGAACAUGACCAGCGCACCCGUUAUCGUCCGACAACUAGAUGAGCUGUCCGACUCGCUCAAGUCACUCUCCCUAGAGUUGACCCGGUUCUUCGCCAAUGUUGAUUCGGACGUGGAUUCGAUCCUGAUCGUCAUGGAUUGGGCCAAGCGCGAGCUCGAAACCCUCUCCGCCCAACCACCCAGCACACUGCCAACAAUCGUCUUCGACAACAUGCACAACAUGCUUUCCCGCCUCGGUGCCCUCGAGUAUACAGCCGAAGUCUCCGACGGAGGCAGCCCAGCUGCCGCAACAACGACCACCACGCUCGGCCACGUAGUCAUGGCCGUCUUGGGCCCCACGUCGGCGCAGCGCACCCGUGCUACCCUCACCCGCACCUUCACCGAGUUCCUUUCCGUUCUUGAAGAGUCGAUCAACAGCGAAUUGACACACUCGACCGCCCUCUUCGCCCUCUUCGAAUCCAUCGACCGCCAAUUCCUCAACCUGCAACGCACCGUCGUCCGCGAAUCCGACGCGCAGGAGCGCGCCGAGGGCGAAAUGCUGAGUUCCCUGUGGACACGCGUACUCGGCCCCGACGCAGCCGCCGUCCGCAAGUACGAGAAGAACAAGAAACUUCUCGCGAACGUGCGCAGCCGCACUGUGGCCAAUAAACAUCUCCUCGUGGACCACCGCGGGCGCCUGCUCACGCUGAAGGUGAACCUGGAGACGCUGCGACGGAAGCUCGUGAGCCCGCUUGUUCGCCGGAAUGACUCGGUGAGCUUUAUGGGUGUUGAUGGUGCGUCUGGCUCGGGGAGCUCUGGAGUGGCGGGACGCAUGCUGGGUCCCGUUGAAGCUGUCAUCGAUAGCCAGAUCAAGGGGUUAGAGGGGACCUAUGAGUACCUUCGGUCUGUGCGGGAGCGCCAGAAAGCCAAGUUAAUGGAGAUGGUGUACGGUGCAGGGCGGAAACCGUCUUUGUCGAUGUUUGAUGGGAUUGAUGGGCAGGAGAAGGGGAUUGAGGGGGCAUAG